AACACGCGAGAAGAGAUUGUUGACAUGUCAGCAGCACUAAACUGAACUAAAUAUAUCAUAAUCUUCGUGUGUGAAGUACAUUACAUUCAUAACUCAAGACACAAGUCACGUAAUGGACGUGCUUCGCCCACAGAUUGUUGUCGUAUCAAACAGAUGUUACAGAAAAAAUCCAAUUAAUAAAAAUGAAGUAAAUACAGCAGAAGAGGACAUGUUCACAGAUGAUGUCACUAGCUGUGUUUACAACGACGAAGUUUGUGAUGCCUUCAGCAAUAUUGAGGAGACGGAGAACGGCUUCCGAAUAUUAUUGAACAUACCCAGUGCAUACUUCAAAUUCAUCAUUGGGAAGAAGGCAGAGAACAAGAAGAAGCUGGAGCUUGAAACACGUACACAGAUUCGUAUUCCCAAGGCUGGACAGGAGGGGGAAAUUGUUAUUCUUGGACACGACAGGAAGGGAGUGAGUUCUGCCAAGACACGGAUUGAUGUGAUCGUAGAGUCGGCCCGCCAGAAACAACCUUUCACCCACUUCCUCUCCAUCUGCAUCAACAACAUCGAGCAAUCUUUUGUUGACUUCAAGACGGAUGUGCUCCGCGAGUGUGAUGGGGAUCGGAGCCUGGAGGCCAGCUUGUUCCAGAACCCAAAGAAGCUCCACCUGACCCUGGGGACAUUGGCACUUCUCAACGAUGCCGAGAUCACCAUGGCAACAGAGCUACUGCAGCAGUGUAAGGAGGAUCUGGUCGAGCCAAUACUGAAGGGACAGAAGUUGUUGACUCGGGUCCAGGAUCUGGAGUACAUGAACGACGAUCCCAACGCUGUGGACGUCCUGUACGCCGCCCAGAUAAAGAUGACUGAUGCGUCUCACGAUGUUCUACAGAUUCUGUGUGACCGACUAGUGGACAAGUUCAGUGCAGCUGGACUGAUGCCUCGACAGUUUGAGAGAGUCAAGCUUCACGUGACUGUCAUGAACACACUGUUCAGGAAAGAUCCCACUGGAACUGCCCAGGCUGAAGUGACGGAGUCGAGGAGGAAUGUAAAGGAGAGGGAGUUUGAUGCUGCUGGGGUUUUAAGAAAAUUUGGGAAGUAUGACUUUGGUCCUCAGGAAGUCACUGCCAUUCAUCUUUCAAAGCGCUACUCAACAGGUCAAGAUGGCUACUAUGACUCUGUUGGAUCUAUAUCCCUAAUCUAGCGUUUAGUGAGAGUACUCCAGUCAGCUAGGGUUCAGUGUAUUGGACUCGAUGAAAUGCUACAGCAAAUAUUUGAAAUCAGAAUUACAUGACACGUUUUAUAGAUAACUUCUUUUUAUUUUUUAUCACUUUGUUUCAGAACUAAUUCUUGCUCUUUCAUCAGGUGACGAAUAAAAAGAAGUUAUUAUCCAUAAAAACGUGUCAUGUAUUCAAGAAUUACUUACUGAUCACUGCACACAACAUUGGUUCCAAAAUGCAAAUGUACAAAGGUGAAUCCAGAAUUUCUACUGUCGACAUUGUACAUAUUUGUAAAUAAAAGUACCAACACUU